UAUCAAGUGAAUAUCUAUAAGAGAUAUUAGGUACUUUAUAAACUAUACAAGUUAAUAUGUGUUGUUCUUUUUCGGUUACACUUACAAGUGGUGGAGUGAAAAGUGUUUUUAAAAUAGUUUUGCUAAAAAAGUGUGGUGAUUAUUGUUUUGUGUACGUGUGUGUAACCAUUGAACCUGUUGAUGAUCAGAUUGAUUCAUCAUCUCCAUCAUCACAUGAGUGCAACAUCCUCUAGUCUUCAUGGAUUGCAGUAUCCUGAGCAAUUUGAUGACCAGCAUGGAAAGAUGAACAUCCGCUUACAAGAUGUCUGGCAUUGAUUUAACAAGUAAAAAAUUAUUGAAUAUAUCAAGACCAGAUAUUGGAAAAGUUGAGAAAGAGGGUGAACUCAUUGGAAUGUUGUCCAAACAACUUUACCUAGCUGGUAAUCAGAUGCAAAGAAUGCAGGUUGUAUUAAAGAAAGCGGAAGACCGGUUGAAGACAAAAGACGUAGAAAUUGGUCGUCUGAAAAGAAAAGUAAGAGAAUGGGAGAUAAAUUUUAAAAAUCAAAAUAUUAUUCAUAAAAAAGAAUUACAAAAACAACAAUUACAAAUUGAUAAUGCUGAUUAUAUUCAUAAAAAAUAUAUAAAAUUAGAAACAAAAAUAUUUGAAAUGGAAAAAUUUCUAUCAGAUUAUGGAUUAGUUUGGGUUGGAGAAAAAAAGAGUAAGGGUACUCUUAAAAAUUCUGAAGAUUUACCAAAUGAUAUAAUAAAAAAAUAUUAUUCCAAGAUUAUAUCAAAUAUUGAAGAUUUAAAUUUAUCAGUUGGAAAAGGAGAAAUGCAUGUUUGUCAUAAUCAAGGUGGUGCAGUAUUUAAAAGUCCAUCUUGUAUGACAUUGAAAUUUUAUAAAAAUGGUUUAAUUGUAAAAAAAGGAAAAUUAAGAUCAUACAAUAGUUCCCAAACAAAAUCAUUUAUUCAAGAUAUUUUAGAUGGUUAUUUUCCAUCUGAAUUACAACGUGAUUAUCCAAAUGGUGUACCAUUUAAGGUUGAAGAUCACAGAAUGGAAAAUUAUUUGGGUGAUGGUGCAAAUUAUCCUGGACAUGGUUAUCAAUUGGGAAAACAAUCACUGAGUCAAAUUCGUCAAUUAGCAUUGUCAAGUCAAGUUAAAAUUAUACCAAAAGUUAAAUCAACACCAGAUGCUAAACAAUCAUGGAAUAUUAAUAAUUUAAAUUGUUCUUCUCGACCAUCAUUAACUGCAAGGGAUAGACCUGAGACUCAUGAGGGUACUUAUGAUUUACCAAAAACAUCAUCAGCAAGAUUAAUUGAUUUUGGUUUGAGCAAUUUGAGAUCACAAAUAUUAGCUUCACAUAAUAAUAAUUGUUCAGACAGUCAUCUACGAUCUCACAUGAAUGCUGAAUUUUCAUUGUCCACAAAAACUGAUAAGAGAAUUCCAAUGAUACCACAAAGUACAGAAUGCAUUUUACCAAUUAAAGAACAGCACUGUAAUGUACCAGAAAAAUUGUCAAACAUUUCACCUAAAAAAAAUAAAACAUGUCGAAUUAGCUCAAUUGAAAGAACAACAUUCAGCACACCAGUCAGCCGACAGAGUGGAACAUGUAACAAUAGAAUACGAUCUAGAUCAGCAAGUUUAACCGGAAAUAGUAUUAAGCCAAGAUCACCAUUAAGAUUAAAUACAAAUGACAAUUUAAUUGUUACAUCAAAAAAUAUAAAAACAUCAAAAAAUAAAAAUGGAAAAUUACGAAUAUCAAAAUCAAUGACAUUGAAUAAAAAUAAGUGUGAGUUACCACUUGUACGUGAGAUAAAUUCAGCAUCUGAUAAAUUUGGUGAACUCAGAUUGAAAGUAAGAUCAAUGAAUGGCAGUACAGUUUAUCUGGUACAUUUAACACCUGAUGAUACAGUUGCACGACUUUAUCAAUUGCUGGAUACUGCAGUGAAUUUUAGAAAGCGACCAACAGUUGGCUAUAAAAUACUCAUCAGCGGAUAUUCACCAAAGAGACUUGAUCAUUUUGGAUUUACAUUGCGGGAUUAUGGUAUUUCACGUGAUUGUGUUCUUCAUCUGGUAAAUGAUUGAUUACUAAUUAAAUUUAUUCAAGUAUCAAUCAGUUUUUCAAUUGAUUAAAAGCUCAACAUAAAAAAAAAUAAAUCAUUAAAAAAAACUAUGAAUUUUUUUAAUAAAAUUGAAGCGAAAGUCAUCAACGUAGUUGUCUAAUUAUAACAAAGUUUCAAUUAACAAUCAUCAUUAGUAUAUGAAAUUUCAAUUAAUACAUAAUAUUAUUAUUAAAUGACAAAUAAUGAAUAUAUUUUAUUUUUGAAUAAAAAAAAAUCAAGUUUAUAAAAUUUAAUUGGAUUCAAAUUUGAUGAGCAAUAAAUUCAACUUUAGUAUUUGGGGAGAAUCGAUAAUUGAUUAUCUGGAAAUUUAUAGUGAAGAAACUAAAAGAUUAAAAUUUGUUUCCAGGAUUAUAAGGAAAAUAUGAAUUUCCCAAGGUACCAGAACGUAAAAAAAAAAAAAAAGCCUUGGUAACAAGUUUGUCUUUUAUGGAAAAUUAAAAAUUUAUAAUUUUUCGUUGAAUUCGGACGAACGUGAAAAUCAAUAAUUGUUAUGUUGAUAAACGUAAUUUAAAUACAUAUGUAAAUAAUACAUAUGUAUUACAAUAAUUAUCAAUUAUUUAUCGCAUUUAUAAUUGGCGAGUCUCAGCCAGUUCUCAUUCCAUAAAAAUAAAUAAUAAAAAACAGCAAUGAUUUGUGAUCGUGCAUAUUAAUUUACUUUUCAUUUGUUAUAUCAAUCCCGGUAAAAAAACAAUUGGUACCUAUGAUUCCCGAUAUAUACUACUUAGGUAUUUUGUAUUUUGAAUUUUAAAUUUUGAAUUUUAUAUGGAAAAAAUUGAGAAUAUUAACAGGACCAUGAAAAAAA